GUCGCAUGUAUGUGGUAAAUUUGUUUGUCAAGAUGAGGGUACGACGAAAUCUGCAUGCGGAACUGGAGUUGACUCCGAUGCGAGUGUAGGGCAAUCCCUCCUAGUCUGCAUCGCAGGAGAUACCGGUGAACACUAGUCUAUCCCGUAAAGCUUGAUAAAAGUACUUCGCGGCCAAGUAUGACGUCGUCAUACUUGCAUUCCAAUAUCCAAUAUAAGAUUGAGAAACGAGGGUCUGUUUUAGAAGUAGUUGUUGCGGAUGACGACAUACAGGGCGCUGAAUGUCGAUUACAUCCUGCUUCAACUUCGGUCAUUAGUCUAACCGCGGCACUCAGCGCGAUGUUGAUAAGCAUUCUACUCCACGGGGUUGUCCAUUUGAAAAGGAGGAGUAAGCGUCUUCAAAUGCUGUAAACGACGGUCCGAUCGGUUGCUAUCUAAAAUUAAACACAGACAGUCACUUCAAACGGAUCCCGCAUCGUGCGCCGACGGUUAAAAGUGUCAUAACUACAGCCUCCUGGCUGAGGGUCUAUCAAUACCGUGUCAUAGAAGUCGGAUCAAGACAUCAAGAGAAACGAGGAAUUAUUGACUAGAUUUUUUGUAGAGUUCCUGAACCUGUAUUGGAAGGGAUCGCCAAAUAGAAUUUUAGCAUUUAAGCUGCGAACAAAAUUCAACGAUCGGCAUCCUAUAUCGUUUCAUUUAACAGCUUAACUGGAGCAGAAAGAAUGAUACUACUCAUCAACGCCACUAGUGAAAGACAGGCUUGCCUCUAAAUUCCUCGGUGUUUCAGGAAGACGACAGUGAUCUAUGACGCAAUUCACUCUUCUCUACCAAAUUCUCGUCAAAAGCGAAAUCGGUGUUAGGAAGGCGAGCCUCCGUCAAUACAAAAAUGCAUGAGGUGCAAGCCCUAGAGAUACCCAAAGUUGAGGUUGUACAACGGGUCAACAGACGUUUUGUUGUGCAGCACCCCUUUCUCUGGCGUUCCGCGUUGUCGGGGUCUUCAGUUGCCACUGCUCGAACAGAUCCAUUGAUCCAGGACAACCCGGGAAGUGCGGUACAUUUGAAUGAGCGUCAGGGAGUGGUUGCUGUAUGUGCCUUCAUUAACAUCCUGCUUCGAUUCCUUGCAGCCUGAAUUUAUCAUCGAGAGGUCCACCUUGAUCUUCAAGGCUUCUUAUCCAGAUAGUGGCUCAAACGACAGUUAUUUGAAGCCGAUGAUCUAGAUCAACCCGGAACGGACGUCACAGUGUGGAAAGACAGGAGGUGGUUGUUGUCAAGUUCAUAGUGCCUGUGUC